UUUCAUUAUCUUUUAGAAGAAACAAAAAAUAAAAAUAGUAGCUUGGGAUGGAAACGUACGAUGAGUGGGUGAUAAAUAAAUAAAUGCUAUAAAUACACUCAACAUCUUUCUAUCUUCCUCUUAUAUUUAACACGCACGAGUCAGUGAAAGAAAGAGAGAGAGACAGAGAAAUGUUUGCGGUGGAGAAUGGGUUGCAGGGAGACCCAAGACUACAGGCCAUCUCCGACGCCAUACGAGUCAUCCCUCACUUCCCCAAGACUGGAAUCAUGUUUCAAGACAUAACGACGCUGCUGCUGGAUCCAGUUGCCUUCAAACAUGUCGUUGAUAUCUUCGUAGAUCGUUACAAGCACAUGAACAUCUCUCUCGUUGCCGGGGUAGAGGCGAGAGGAUUCAUAUUUGGACCUCCCAUCGCAUUAGCCAUAGGUGCCAAGUUCAUCCCUCUACGUAAACCUGGAAAGUUACCCGGGAGAGUGAUAAGCGAAGAGUACGAGCUAGAGUACGGAAACGAUCGUCUAGAGAUGAGUGUGGAGGCCGUCAAAUCCCACGAAAGAGCUCUUGUCAUCGACGAUUUAGUUGCCACUGGUGGAACACUCUCCGCUUCCAUUAACCUCUUGGAACGUGCUGGGGCCGAAGUUGUGGAAUGUGCCUGCGUUGUUGGUUUGCCUAAAUUCAAGGGGCAUUGUAAGCUAAAGGGAAAGCCAUUGUACGUUCUGGUGGAGCCUAGCCAGUUAGAUGAAGUAACCUUUUAAGCCUGUGUUUACUUGAAGUGACCACCUCCGUGACUCCUUCUAUAUCUUCAAGUUCCAACUUGAUGUAUUAUCAAGAUAUCAACGGUUAUGGCAAUAAUAGAAUCGGUUUGAUCAAAUUAAUAUGUAACGAAAAAUUGUUUAAACCUUAUUAAACUCCAUGUGGAAUAUCAAGCUACCUUGUAUGUACGGUUGCUAUCCAUUGUUCAAAGCUUGUUUGUUUCAUCAGUGUUGACUUGGGUUGAUCUGGUUGUUGGAUUGGAAUAUGUGUUAUGUUAAGAAAUGUGAUUAGUUUACAAUAAAUCAAUAUUACUUGUUGAUGAUAA